AUGGAUGAGAUGAGAAGGUUCCUUAAAAGGAUCUUAGAGGUAUUGGAGAAGGAGUAUCAGGCUUCGAUGCUCCGUGAUAGCAUGGACUUUUCCAAGAUUAUGGUACAUGUCCAACAGCUUGAGGAUAGCCGGAAGAAGAGGAGAGUCCAUGAGGUGAGGAGGCCUAAUUCUUCUGACAAGACAUGUUACAGUAGAGGUGGUGUCAAGAGCACUUUUGAAGUUCAUGAUCAGCCGAGAUUUAAGAAGGGGCACCAGAUUUUAGGGAACUCUAACUCUUAUAGUAGUGAAACACCUCGAGGAGGCAGAGCCGAGCCAAAUAAGCGCAAUGGAGGUGAUGUGCAGCGUCCUAGAAAGGAAUGUGGCAAGUGUGGUCGUAUUCAAAGUGGUGAGUGUAGACUAGGAACAAAUGCUUGCUUCGGUUGUAGAAAGAGCGGACACAUGGUUAGGGACUGCCCACAUAAUAGGGGUUAUGCUGGAGGUAAUGCUCGGCCUAGGCCUUAUCCCCAUAAUGCUACUACAAUCAAGCCUACUAAAACCAACAAAUUCAACGCCUUGAAGGGCAAGGAGGAGUAA